GCCUAGAAACGCGCUCGGCAGUGGGCGCUCCUGACCUUGCCGUCGUGAACGCGCAGUGCGUGCACAGACCGCGCGAGCUAAGAUAUUAAUUUUAAUCAAGGAGGAAAACAUGAAUAUGUGAGAAAAAAAAAGUGUUUCUGUUGGAUUAAGGAACAAACGCCAUUGUGGAAAUAAUUUCCCUGAAAAGUACACGAUAUGCAGAAGAGGGAUGCCGGGUAUGGUCUAGUAGCCCAUCUGUAAGCAGGGCCGAUCUCUACAAUGGUCACGGGCUACCUUGAGCAAGACGUCAGACAUUCGGAUUCGGCAUCCAUCCCAAUGAAGGAAACAUAUUGUAUCUGUCUGUCACGGAAUUGGAUUGAUUCUUCCCAUUGAGGUUAUGAUUGCUUGCUGACAGGCGCUGAUCAUCAGACAUAGCCUAAUUGUAGGCCUGUCGCCUAAAUAACGACCUCAUAAUCAAGGUCUGAAAAUACCCGCCAUGAAACUUGGAGCAGGAAAUGAUUGAGAACCUGUCUUUGGUGUAUUUGUUUGUGUUAACCCUUGGAGCCAAGUUCCGACAAGAACCGACGAUGUCUGGUUGACAGGGAAAGCUAGGUCAGAAGGGGUUGACUCUAGAGUGUGAUUUCGGUGCUGUGCAGGGGGGGAUGCACUCGCUUGCCCACACCAUGUGGCGAGCCGCGUUCAGACACCAUCUGUUGCCUACACACCGAUCUUGUCGGAGAGGAGCUGCAUCCAUCGCGCGCUGCGGUCUUAUAUGGUGGAUAUUAUGCUCCUACUGGCCUCUCACACAGGCAACAAGCCAAAACUUCAACCCUACGGUGAACACCCAGUAUGGGAAACUGAGGGGCCGGAGGGUUGCGGUGCCCGGUGAGGUUCUGGGGCCUGUGGACCAGUACCUGGGGGUGCCGUACGCAGCGCCCCCUAUUGGGGAGAAGCGCUUCAUGCCCCCGGACCAGCCUUCUUCCUGGUCGGGGAUCAAGAACGCCACUCAGUUCAUGCCCGUGUGCCCGCAGAAUAUCCGCAACACCGUCCCCGAGAUCAUGAUGCCCAUAUGGUUCACCUACAACCUGGACUUUGUGGCGACGUACAUUCAGGAUCAGAGCGAAGACUGCUUGUUUUUGAACAUCUAUGUCCCCACGGUGGAGGGGAGCCAAAGCAAGAGUCAUGGAGCGGAUUUCUCUCAUCAUGACAGUGAUAAGGCUGAAGACAUCAGGGACGCCGAAGCCAGGCCUGUGAUGGUUUACAUCCACGGUGGGUCCUACAUGGAGGGCACGGGAAAUAUGAUCGACGGCAGCGUGCUGGCGAGUUACGGGAACGUCAUCGUCAUCACUCUCAACUACAGGGUUGGCGUGCUAGGGUUCCUCAGCACAGGUGACCAGGCGGCCAAAGGGAACUACGGACUUCUGGACCAGAUCCAGGCCCUGCGUUGGAUCAGUAAGAACAUUGGCUAUUUCGGCGGGGACCCGGGUCGCAUCACGGUCUUCGGAUCUGGGAUCGGGGCCUCAUGCGUCAGCCUGCUCACUCUGUCCCACCACUCAGAGGGCCUGUUCCAUAGAGCCAUCAUCCAGAGUGGCUCAGCCCUGUCCAGCUGGGCUGUCAACUACCAGCCAGUAAAAUACACGCGCCAUCUGGCUGAGAGGGUGGGCUGCAACGUGCUCGACACCCUGGACAUGGUAGCCUGUCUCCAGAAGAAGACCGCCAGGGAGCUGGUGGAGCAGGACAUCCAGCCGGCGCGCUACCACGUCGCCUUCGGCCCCGUCAUCGACGGCGACGUCAUCCCCGACGACCCCGAGAUCCUAAUGGAGCAGGGCGAGUUCCUCAACUACGACAUCAUGCUGGGCGUCAACCAGGGCGAAGGUUUGAGGUUCGUGGAGAACGUGGUGGACCUGGAGGACGGCGUGUCCAGCAACGACUUUGACUUUGCCGUGUCGGACUUUGUGGACAGCCUGUACGGCUACCCGGAGGGCAAAGACACCCUGAGGGAGACCAUCAAGUUCAUGUACACGGACUGGGCCGACCGCGACAACCCGGAGACCCGGAGGAAGACCCUGGUGGCCCUGUUCACCGACCACCAGUGGGUGGAGCCGUCGGUGGUGACUGCGGACCUCCACGCCCGCUACGGCUCUCCCACCUACUUCUACGCCUUUUACCACCACUGCCAGAGCCUGAUGAAGCCCGUGUGGUCGGACUCGGCCCACGGCGACGAGGUGCCCUACGUGUUCGGCGUGCCCAUGGUGGGCCCCACCGACCUGUUCCCCUGCAACUUCUCCAGGAACGACAUCAUGCUCAGCGCUGUCGUCAUGACCUAUUGGACCAAUUUCGCCAAGAGUGGUGACCCCAACAAGCCGGUGCCUCAGGAUACGAAGUUCAUUCACACCAAGGCCAACCGCUUCGAGGAGGUGGCCUGGUCCAAGUACGACCCCCAUGACCAGCUGUACCUGCACAUCGGCCUGAAGCCUCGCAUCCGAGACCACUACCGCGCCACCAAGGUGGCCUUCUGGAAACACCUGGUGCCCCACCUUUACAACCUCCACGACAUGUUCCACUACACCUCCACCACCACCAAGGUGACCCCCUUGGACACCACGCAGUCCAACGGCAAGACGCAGCCCUCGGGCACCAAGCGGCACCCGGUCUCCACGGCCCACAGCAGCGACGGGGAAGCCGGGGAGGAGCAGGGCCCCAUGAUCGUGGCCAACCCCCGAGAUUACUCCACGGAGCUGAGCGUCACCAUCGCCGUGGGCGCCUCCCUCCUCUUCCUCAACGUGCUGGCGUUCGCCGCCCUCUACUACCGCAAGGACAAGCGCAGCCGGCAGGACGGCCCGCACCAGACCAGCCCGCAGCACCAGGGCAACGGCAACGACGUCAGCCACGCCACCACUGUCGACGAGAGCCUGUCCCACCAGAUGAACCAGGCCAACCAGAUGAGCCCGUGCGACGCCCACCACGACCCCCUGCACCUCUCGCCCAACAUGGAUUACACCCUCACCCUGCGCCGCUCGCCCGACGACAUCCCCCUCAUGACCCCCAACAACAUCACCAUGAUCCCCAACUCCCUCAUGGGGCUCCCCAACAUGCACCCCUACAGCACCUUCCCAGCUGGCUACAAUUCCACUGGCUUGCCCCAUUCCCACUCCACAACACGGGUAUAGCCUGGCCUGGCCUGGCCUGGCUUGGGACCGGAUAACCCAGUCCGGUGUGGGAUUAGAGACACAGAUUUCGAAUCGGAAGAGGAUGUGGGCCGAGGUGUACAGUAGAUGACGAAGGAAAACCCAAGCGGUUGUUGGGAUCGUGUGAAUGAAAAGACUUGUUUUGAAUUAUUGUUGACACUGCAAGAGCCGCGAUCAUUCUGCAAGCUUCGCCGGGGUCCAUGGGUGCAGAACCAAACCGCCAACACACCACUGCCUUCGCUCCCUCGUAGCUGGAAGUCCGCAAGUGGUGUCACUUUCUAACAAUCAUCUCAAAAAGCCUUUGUGAAGCUGUUAAAUGAUAAUAAAAAAAAAGUGCUUUUUAUUUCCCAUACCUGUCUAUAGAGGGUGACAUUGCUUUUUUUCUCAAACUUUCUAUUGUAAGACCUCAGCAACAUGUUUGUACAGUUGGAUUUGUAUGGGAAGCUUUUUCUUACUGUAAUCUAUGUUUUGAUCUUCAACUCUUAAUGUGUGGAAUAAGUGACAUUUGGACUGAAUCAUCCUCUCUGAUCAAAGAGACAUUUAUGAACAGUGGAAUAUCAGUGUUAUUAAGCUAUUUUAUACAUACUCCUCAUGAUAUCCUACUUAAAAAAGCUAUUUUUUACUUACUGACUUAAGAAUGGCUUGUUAUUGUAACAUGCUCUGCUUAGAGACCUGCUAUGUUACUUUGACUGCGAUGAAUUGGACUUUCACUAUAACAUUGCUAACAAUUUGUAGUAAAAGUUAAAAAUUCAUCCACAAUAUUUCUAUUCAAUAUGCACAAUAUAUCAUCCCUAUAUACAGUAUAAUGAAUAUGUGUGUAUGUGCUGUACGUAUACUGAGUGUGUGUGCAUGUGUGUGUGUGUG